AGCCCAGCAAAGUGGUUCAGUUUUCAAGUGUUUGCCAUUGAUAUUACGGCCCACACAUAGCAACUGGCAACUGGCAACGUGCAACUAGCAACUAGCAACUUGCAACCAGCAACUUGCAACACCAAAACUCAUGCCCACGUGUCCGGUCAGCAUGGCAUAUGGAGUGGGCUUCGGCUGGCUCGUGAUCCUCUGGCUGCUGCAGAUUGCGCAUACGCAGCGUGGCCCCGUCGAGCACAUCGAGUUUUACAGCGACUACGGCAGCAACCACGACGAGGAAAGGCUCCACUACUCGCAUCAGUACCACAUUUCCGACGCGGCCAGUCAGGUGCACAUCCUGCACCGGGAGCAGCGGCAGGGCGACCACGUCUCCGGCUCCUACUCCCACCUGGAGCCCAAUGGCCACGUCCGCAGCGUGCACUACGAGGUGCGGGGCCCCAGCCGGGGAUUCAGGGCCGUCGUGGAGCAGCGAACCGGGAACAGUCGGGUGCACCAGGCGCUGGAAUUCCGGAGCAGGCAGCCGCUCCGGGCUCUGGCCCUCGCCGAGCCGGUGGCAUUUGUGAUUUAAGGCAUCCAGCGGCGUGAAACCGGCCCGAAGAAAAGAACAGCAAGAAACCAUUAACAAAUAACAACAAGCGACAAGCGAAUUAUUUGUCUUGUUUUACGCAGCCGUAAAUUGAAAAAUGUUUAAUCGUCUUUCAAUGACUUCGCUGACUGGUUAAUUGGAUUUCUAAUUUGAAAUUUAAAUUGAUUUCGGGAGGGGCGCAUAAAAUGUAAACGGACAAUUUUAUUAAACCUAAAAUGUAAAUAUUUUGCGGCCAUAACUCAAGCAAAGAGGAAUGAAUGAAUACAAAUUAUUUUCCUUUUGUUUUGGCUUGGCAAAACAAAUGCGAAUAACUAGAGGCAAACGAAUUUCGAUUGUUAUCUUUGAGAUGCUCUUGUAAAAUGAAAUUUAUGGCUACCCCUAGAUGGCAUAUUAUCAGCAGGCCCAUCUUGGGGCCAUGCCCCUUAACUUGAGUAAUUGUUUGGGCCACCGAAAAAACGGUAGUAAAUUAAACACUUAGUAUUCAGUGCAAUCAGCUACCACUGAUGUUAGCUCACUUUUCAAACGUCGGAAUAUGAAUUUCAAGCUUAAUUAUAAUAAAUUAAACGA